AACUUCAACUACAUCAAUGGACACUAAGAUAAAGGCACUUGAGAAACAGGUGAGCAAAAUGGCGGAGCACAUUGACUAUGACUAAGAUUAUGGUCAAUGGAUCGCCUAAAAAAAACUCUACACACCUGAAGACUGCUGGAUUUAUUGACUCUCUCUGGUAAAUAACUUUUAAGCUGCACCUUGGAUAACUUUUACAUUUGAAUCUGAUCAUGAAGCAGUGAUGUGAGUUCUCAAGUGCUCCUGUUCAGUAAUAUUCAUAUCUUUAUUAUUUUCUUGCUAAAGCAACUGCCACUAUAGCUCAGACUGAGAUAUGUGUGAAUCUAUAUUGGUGCCCAGGCUUGGUUUUAGGUGGAAGAGCCUCAAUCUUCUUUUAUUGAUUUUCAUUUCCAUAUAUAUAAAGGAUGAGGCUAUAGAGUGGCUAUGCGGACUUAAGAGUCUACAUUGGAGAGUUCAAAUUCCCUGCAUGUUAGUGUAAAAGUUGUUAAAGUACUGUGUGAGUUUCACCAGGUUCAUAUAUUAAUAUCGCAUGUUGAUUUGUUAUCAUGCAUGCCUGCAUCCUGGGAGUAGGGGAGUGUGUACUUACGUUAUGCCCUGCGUGCUCGUGCUCAAAUCAUUUUGAUGCACUAUGAGAGGUAGGCAGGCUUUUUCUGUCAUCUUCAGAAAAGUUUGAUUCUUUUAAGCACAAAGUCAUACACACAGUGUUUUGUUCAUGAAUAAUGUUGUAUAUAUAGAGGUUACUCAUAAGUGGAUGGUAUUGUUAAGAUGCACUUGUAAUUGUACUUUUUAGGAUGAUAUCAACAUUCUGAAUUUAACAUGUGGUUAUAUCAGGCUAUUGUAUGUGUGAACGAUGGCUAGCUCCUCGAAUGAUCCCAGUCCCUUGUAUUGUGCAUCUGUUGUAGAAAGAGGCGACGAUUCGCAGAACAUAUGUGGCUCUACAAAAGUUUUAUUUCUCUUUUGGAUGCAGAUGCAGAAUGCAGAGAGUGAGUUCUGCUUGAUUAAAACUACCACACACAACGCAGAGUUACAGCGGUGCAGUACAGCACCGGCAUUAGCUAGUGGGAAAACCCCCUUUUAGAUCUUUACAUGUUUCCUUUUGGGGUUUAGUAUAGUUCAGGGUUCAUAUUGUUUGUUUAUGCUCGGGGAGAUUGAGGAGAGUUCAACACGUGGGAAAAGGUACCACCCCAUCUUUACAAUAGGAUUCAGUCUGGAUAUCGGUUGGUCAAAGUGCACUGGCAGGUAACAGACUGUGUGUAUGUAAAUGGGAACAUUAGAGGGAGCCAUAACCCCAUUAAAAGGAAAGCACUACUGAAGUCAAUGAGCAGCAAGGUUGACUCACUUUUUCCCCUGAUGCCAAUCAAAUUAACGUGAUGAGGGACAAGGUUGAUGAUUGUGGCUUAAGAGAUCCUGCUUUAAUCUGGCAAAAAUAGACAUGGUUUUUAGGGAUGCUGAUGGAGAAGGGGCUGCUGUUGAGGGUGGUCCCUCAAGAGAAUGUCUUGGGCUGCUAAUGAGUGCCAUCCAUUCCUCUGCAAUAUUUGAGGGACCUGAUUGGCAAAAAUGCUUUUCUUGCAACUCUCAAGGUUAGUUACACUUUUACACCAACAGACACAUUUGUUUAUGGCAAUAUGUAUGACUUGAGUAAGACAUUUGUUUUUUAUGUUAUGUAAUGUCCUUCAUUUACUGUUUGUCUUCGGUGUGACCGCACUCUAUGAUGGUGUAUACAAGCAGGAGGCCGCAUGAUUGCGGUCUGUCUGGUACUUGGGGGUGUAGAGCCACACAUUUUUUCAGAGAGGCUAUACAGGCAAGUGUGUCGCCUACAACCUCCUGUGCCAAAACUGAAAGAAAUUGCGGAAUAUGACUCAGAGAGAAAUUGGAGAAGAUCCAGCACAAACUGUUGACGAGGCACAGGAAGCGGUCAUAGAGGCCACCAAACAACUGGUCAUGUUGGGUUCAGUGCGAUACAUUCGUACAUUGGAGGAGAGGGAUGCCCUGGUGGAGUCAGCUACAAAGUUCUAUUUAGAAAGCAGGCUACGGGAUGCUGUAGAGCAAUUCAAAGAGGGUCUGGAGUGUCUAGGUCUCGUGCCUUACAUGAAUAGACCCUCAAGCCUCUUCAGAGAGGUUUUCAUCUACGCUGAGAAGCCUCUUUUGGCCAAAGACAUAGCUUCUCUCUUCAAAGCAGGGCUCUCCCCACCUGGUACCAAUCAAAGAGCAAUAGAGAGCAGAGUCGUAUGUUUCUGGAGGGACUGGCUGCUGGAGGUGGAAGAGGGGAACGCAUACCCUUUAACCCUGGAGAAGGUUAUCAUUUUCACUUCGGGGGCUUCAGCCAUUCCAAGGCUGGGAUUCCCAGCGGAGCCACAGCUACAGUUCUUACACAAACAAGAGAAGGAGGCUGCCAGGAUCUUCCCGGAAGAAAAUACAUGCAGCAUUAUUUUAAGGCUGCCAAUACACCCAACGUAUGCAGUCUUCGGGGAAAAAAUGGAGAGUGGACUUCUACAAUCACCAACAUUUGGUGUCAUUGUCAAAGACUCCAGUCACCCUAGUCAUACUGUUUUCUCUGCUACCGCAGGGCAAGUGGUACCGGAGCACCAAGUCUAGCUACCCCCAAGCCAUACAACUACUAAAUAUUUAAUCAAAUGGCUACCCAGACUAUUUGCAUUGCAACCCCCUCCUCUUUCACACUGCUGCUACUCUCUAUGCCUAGUCACUUUAAUAUCUCUACCUACAUGUACAUAUUACCUCGACUAACCGGUGCCACCGCACAUUGACUUUGUACAGGUAUGCCCUGUAUAUAGCCUCACUAUUGUUAUUUUACUG